AUGGUGUCGUUGUGGCCUUUCAAGGGCGAGAAUAACUCCCCAGCUUCCUUCGAGAAGUCUCUAAUAUCCCUCUCUGAGAAGAUCUCCAAAUCACAGGCGCAGCUCGACUCACUGAGACAGAGAGGCCGCAGGUUCAAGGCGCUUUGGACGCUCUACACCAGCUUCGCCUACCUGUUAUGCUUCGUGGUCCUCUCUCUGGUGGUUGGAUGGAAGAACUGGAGCGCAUUAGAGUACACAGCCGUCGCCGGAGCUCCCAUACUAAUCUACUUGGUCCGCAAUGGAAUUACAGCCUACUACAAUUUCCGCGCUGAUCGUAUCACUCAGCGCCUAGAAGACCAGCAGGCAGAGAGAACGAAGACCAUUGAGAAGCUGAAAGCAGCUACGAAAUACAACUCGACACAGGAACUUCUCGAGAAAUAUGGUGGCAUUCCACCCAAGCCAAAGAAAGAGACGGCUCCCAAAACUCCCAAGGUCGCGAAACGGCCAAAUAGGACGUCGAUAGGGCCACCAGCGACUGCGAAUAUUCCAAGACCAGACCAAAAUCCUCCAAGUCAGCCAUCUACCCCGCAGCCCAUGCCCCCGAGAAAUUCCCCACAGCACCUUUUCCCCUCGCCAUACAAUACUCCUCAGCCACAGCCUCAAAAAGUGCUGCCCGUACAAUCCGGGACAGCCGCACAAGCGGAGUUCGCUCCAAAUGCUUAUUCGGCUCCUCCGCAGUAUGCCCACUCAGCCGAGCGGGGUAUGGGUGGCAAUUGGUACGAUCGCGUGUUGGACUUGUUACUAGGAGAAGACGAAACAUCGCCGAAGAACCGCGUGGCGUUAAUCUGUCAGACAUGCCGAUUGGUCAACGGUCAAGCUCCACCUGGAACGAAGACCAUCUCAGAUCUUGGCAAAUGGCGAUGUUUCGGAUGUGGAUCUAUGAAUGGUACGGAGGAUGAAGCGGUGAAAAUGGUGCAGGAAAUGCAAGAACGCAUUGAGACCGAAGAGCUGGCCAGCCCUGCUUCAGUCAUCGAGAAGGCUCGGAAAGCCGAGGACUCUGGAUCUGGCGAAAUCGUGGAAGGAGAGGACGAUGAGGGGAGUGAUGACUCCAUUAAGAAGGCCGUCGAGGCCAAGCCCAGACGAGGCCGGUCGAGCAAAAAGAAAGCUUGA